AUGUCGGGUCGGCCGGGGAAACCGGCGAUUGCGCUGGCCGUCGCGGCCUUCGCCUGCGCGACCGGUUGGACGGCGGCCCGCCUGUCGCCGGUGGCCGUCGCGCCGGACUCGUACCGCGCCCGGGACAACGAUGUUCUGCUCGCGUGCCGCGCGAUCGUGCGCGACGUGCAACCGUUCGUGUUCGUGGUGCUCGUGCUGCACCCGGUCGACCCGCCGCCGGACCGGCUCAUGGCGCUCGUGCAUCGGGUGGUCGGCACCGCGGUACUGUCGGCGGACACCGGCGCCGCGGCCCGGAUGGACGGCCAGGUGGCUCUGAUCGUGGCCGGUAGCGCGGGCGCCGUGGCCGCGCUCAUCGACGCCGGCCAGUCGACCGCCGUCUGGGAUCCGAUGUCGCACUACAUCUGGCUGGUUCCGGCCGCCAGCCGCUCGGCCGUCCGGUCGUUGUUCCGCAACGCGUGGCGCCGCCGCUCCGUGGUCAACGUGGUGCUCGUGACCGACUCGGUCGCGUACACGUACAACCCGUUCAACGACACGCUCGCCGCUCGGCCCGUGGACGCGGACGCGCUGCGCGACGAGCACCGGCACAAGAUGGACGACCUGCACGGGCACCCGGUGCGCGUGUGCAUGUUUCCCACACCGAACGCGGUCAGACAGCCGGACGGCACGUACGCGGGCACCGACGGCCUGGUCGCGUCCACGCUGUCCAAGCACAUGAACUUCACGCCCAUCUACAACGAGCCCACCGACGGCCGGAAUUACGGGUGGGCCGAGAACAUUUCCGAAGUCGAGUUCAGGUACACCGGCCUGCUGGGCGAUCUGGUCCACAACAGAGCGGACCUGACGUUCAACACCGUUUUCCUCAAUAAAUACCAUCACAACAACACGCUCCGGUACACGGUUCCGGUUCUGUUCGACGAACUGUGCUUCGUCGCACCGAUAGCGCAGCAAAUGAGCCAGUGGCGAGCCGUGUUCACCGCGUUCGACGUCCGGCUCUGGUAUUGUUUAGCCGCCACGUUCGUCGUGGCCCUUGGCACCUGGACGCUGAUCAAGCGCACCACCGACAGGCCGUUGAACAUCGACACGCUGGCUCUGCAACUGUUCCAGAUGUUCCUGAUGGUGCCGCUGAACCGGUUGCCGAAUAACGUGCCCGAGCGAUUGAUGAUCGUGUCCACCGUGCUGUUCGGGUUCAUCACGGCCACCAGUCUGCAGGCGGUCAUGGUCAAGUAUUUAAGCUAUCCCAAGUACGAACGUAACAUGGCCACCCCGCAGGACGUGUACGACAGUGGAAUGCCUAUAAUAGUUGCGUCCAACAAUCUCAUAAUGAUGUUCGGCUCGGACGAAGAAUCUCUGUUCGUCAAACUGUCUGAUCGGUUCAGCAUAAGCAAAUCCAUAGACAUUCUAAUGGAAGUGGCACAGAAAAGGUCGUCCAUCGCGAUGGGAAGGAAAAACGAUCUGGUCACAAUAAUCCCGAGCACGUACGUCAGCGACAACAGAGUACUGCUGCACAUAGUGGACGCCUGUCCGCGGACGUUCCACUUCGUCUACCUGGUGCGCCGGGAUCUGCCGUUCAUGGACGCCAUCAACCGCAUCAUUACCACGUUCGUGGAGACCGGUAUCGUGAACCACUGGUUCACACACGGCCAACUGUAUCGGCCGAUAUCCGACCACCACCAUCCGAAAGAAUCGCACCAGGUGUUCACCAUGAAGAACGUGGUCAUCGCGUUCCUGUUCCUCAUGGCCGGAUUGACCAUCAGCGGUGUCGUUUUCGUCGCCGAGCUCGUCUACCACCACAGGAUCACCGGGCCGAUAGCAGCGCCGCCCAGCAUCCGGUAUCCGAGAGGACCUUUGACCGUCAAGUGGUUUUGAACGCACAUGCCACAUUGCCGCUGCAACACUGCAACAUAUUAAUAACGUGCACAUGAACAUCACCUCAUUUUCGCCCCGUAGUACGUGCACAGCGACCCGCUGUGGUCGGACACCAAUCGAUUGUAAAUAACGAUUUUGUAGGCAAUCGUUGAGUUAGUUUUAGAACUAGAAGUACAGUUUUUUUUUAACUCGUAGAUCAACAGUAAACCGGAAAAGUAAAUACGAGCGCGGCUUUGGAAUUUUGAUUUUCAACGUUCACCACCGAAAACCAUACAGGGUGCAUCGUACAAAGUCGUUGUGUGCUGUCAGCGAUCCCCUGUACGAGUUAUGUUACUUCGAUAAUGAUAAAAAAUAAAACUCCGAAACCAAACUUUCAAUCGAUGUCCAAUGUUGAGCAAUUUUUCCGACCAACCGAGUUCCGGGUGUUGAGUUUUUGAACUUAUUAUAAUGAUAGGACACCGCUGUUUGCACGUAGAGAACACCUUGAGAAGAUUUACAUAAAACAACAGCGUUUUGUACCGAAAAAAUAAUCGAAAGUGACGUUCAAAAGUAAAAUUAACUAUGUAACUCGUAUAUAUUUUAUCGCAUUAUAAAAAUAAUUUAACAGUUUGUUUAAUAUAGCUAAAAAAAAAAAAUUAGCACAAAAAAAUAAAAACGUGGAAAAUCACCAAUUCGACAGCACAAACGACCAAUUAUUUGUAUUCUAAAGCAAUAUAUUUUGUAGUGUACAAACAAAAACGUAUAAGAGAAAUGAAAUUAUUGUUUUUUAUUUUAUAGUAUAGGAGUUAUAUAUAUAUAUAUUACAAAAUAUAGUAAC